UUCAUUCCUUUCUAAGACACCAUACUAAAUAUACACAUAACGAUUUCUGCUUAACCAGCACAAUCCAAAUUCUUGAAACAUGACGUCUUCAACUACAUCGCAUAUCCAAUUCUCAAAACCAUCCCAUUACAAAGAAUCCAAAUCAAGGAUCUAUUCUUUUGUCCUUUUAAUAACUUAAAAAAUUAACUUUUUUAGUAUAGUAAUUUCAUUAGUGUUCAAUUGUUUUUAAAAACAUUUUAAUAGUUAUAAAUUUUAAUAAUUUCGUUUUAAAUUUCAAUAUUGAAUUAUAACUUACAGUUAAUUUCAAAAGUACACCAACAGACGCCAAUAUGGGAUACUCAGCAUUACUACUAGGAUUUUCCUGGUUAGUUAUCAACAACAGUUUUGGAUUUGCUGCGGUAUUACCGAUGAAUCACAUAAUGGAGAACUCACUUACUGAUGAUACGACAUUCAGAGGCAGUGAAAAAAAUACAGCAAAUAAAUAUGAACUUAAAGAUUGGGUAAUGGUAAAAGCUGCGCCUUCAGACCCUAUUAGAGUUCCUCCUGGUGGCAGGGUUGAACUCGAAUGUACGGUUUUCGGUAGCCCUGUGCCUCAAGCACAGUGGAAUCGUGGAAUACAACUUAACCAGAUUACAUUAGGUCCAAACGAAUUUGAAGAUUCUGGAGAUUUCCAAAGUGUUGGUAAAGUAACAGUAAGGCAUGUAAUUGACUGUGUUCAACCACAUCACCAAGGUGUUUAUACAUGCAGUGGUCAAGCCAGAGAACAAACCAUGGCUAGUGAUCCAGUAGCAAUUUCGGUUGAAGGCCGUCCAGUUCAGUGUUCCAGUGGUAAAACUAGAAUAGUUAAGUGGAGUCCGAUCAUUACACAGAUGAUAGGCUCAACCGUAGUGAUACCUUGCGUAGUAACAGACAGUGCACCGUACAGACAGUACUGGAAAGAUAAUUUUGGUAACAUAAUAGAUACCGACAUCGAUUCAAGACGCAAAUUGGGUCCCGAAGGAGAACUAAUCUUGAACAAUUUAAGCUGGUCAGACAUGGGUGAAUAUACUUGCGUUGCGGAAAAUUCUAUAAGCCGAGAUAAUACAUCAACGUUCCUGUAUCCAAUGCUACCUAAUGUUUAGAAUAUUUACACGUAGAUAUAAACCAUAGGAAAUGAUCUAUAAUCUCUAAACACAAUUUGCUCUUAAUGUUCAAAUAUUAUAGUAUUGUAAUCUGAAAUGAUUUAUUCAAUUAUAUAAGAUAUUAAUCAGCCGCUUAUUAUAUAUAGGAACAUUGAUAGCUGUCCAAUAGAAAAAUGACAUUAAAUUACAUCGAUUAGUCAAACCGGACUAGCUGCUUUAAUAGUCGAAUGCUUAUACUAUGUAUCGUAAACCAUUGAGUAUUUAUCGUUUAUUUUGUUAUUUUUAAGUAUAUUGCUUGCCCCUGCUAUGAGUCUCGUAUUGUUUUAUGGUUUGUGCAAUAAAUUUAGAUCGAGUGUUAAAAAACUCAACCUUAA